CAUUUAUUAUAAAUAUAACCUUAUAAUACCAUUAAAUUUUGGUUAUAAGUUCAAACUAAAGCUUUAAAUCUUUUAUCGCAUGAAAUGGUUGAAGUCGACGUUGAACUUGGCUUUUUAGAUAGUUGUGAAUAUUGGCAAGUGGAGAGUCGUUUAUUCCCCAGUAAAGUAGGUGGAAAACCUGCAUGGUUGAAUUUGGAAAAAUUACCUUCCGCUGAACAGUUGAAAUGCAAGAAAUGCCAAGAAACGAUGAUAUUUUUGUGUCAGCUGUAUGCUCCAUUCGAAGAAGACAAUCAACAUUCAUUCGAAGAUUAUCUUAAUAAUUUCCAUCGCACUAUAUUUGUAUUCAUAUGUCGGAACAGUUCUUGUUGUGAAAGAAAUAAUAGUGAUAAUGUGAAGGUAUUACGAAGCAAUUUACAAAGAAAUAAUAAAUUUUAUCCUUAUGACCCCCCAGAAGACAAACCAGAACCUGACUUUUCUCUAAGUAAAUGGGUGAACUUGUGUAAUGUUUGUGGUUGUUUAUCAGAAAAACAAUGCAGUAAAUGCAAAAAAGUCCAUUACUGCAGUAGACACCACCAAAUUCUGGACUGGAAAGAAGGACAUAAGAAAGAAUGUGCAAGUAAAAUAUCUACUUUGAGAACAUCAAAAAUCUUGUUUGAUGAGUGGGAAAUUAUAACAGAGCCUGAAGAAAUUAAUCAAUCACAUACCACAGAUGAAGAAGAGUUAAAAAAAUUUGAACAAUUAAAAAUUGAAGGAAAGGCGGGAUCAAUGGUUGAUACACCAGAAUCUGAUUUAGAAACUCAUGCUGUGAGUGACAAUGAUAAAUGUUUUUCCAAAUUUCAGAAAAGAGUACAAUAUAAUCCAGACCAGGUAGUUAGGUACAGAAGAGGUGGUCAACCAUUGUGGAUAUCUGCAGAUCCUGUCCCAGAAAAAAUACCUGAUUGUGAGGCUUGUAAAGGUCCUAGACAAUUUGAAUUUCAAAUUAUGCCACAGAUGCUCUCUUAUUUAAAAGAAGUAGAUAUUGAUUGGGGAGUUUUAGCAGUGUACACUUGUAAAAAUAGCUGUAGUGAAGACAGUGAUUACAAAGAAGAAUUUAUAUUUAAACAAGACGUAACACUAAGUACUUAAUUCUUAAAAAAUGAUUUUCACAAGUAUUUAUGAGUUGUGGUUAUGAUAUUUAUACAAACAUAUACAUAUAUCUUUAAAAGUGAAAGUAUAUGUGAGUAAUCUAUGAUGAAAAAUCUUUCAGGUCUUGAAGAGGAAUUUUUAGGAGUUUAACAAAACUUGAACAAAUUGAGUGAAUGUGUGGAAUCCAUUUCCGGAACAUUAAGAAUAGUAUAAAUUCACAAUCUUAUAAAAGUUUUGGAGCAAGAUAAAUGAAUGACAUUGAAUCAUCUUAGUAUAACUCCCAUAUAUUCUAGACUGUAUCUUUGUUGAUUUUUGGAAGUGGUCCCCAGCUGUUCAUAAAAUAUUGAUAUUUUUAAUAUUUUUGUUAUUUUGCUCUUUUUUGUUGCCACACAAAGUUAUGCAAAUUUACAAAGAAAGCACGAAGGAAGGGAACCAAAAAUUUUUUAAUAAUCUAUAAAAAUGGUUUAAACCAUGAUAAUCAAUUACUUUUUAUAUAAAAUUAUUCUGUUUUGUAUAUACUUUUUGGAAAAAAUGAAUUCUUGGAAAGAAAUUUUUAGUAAAAUUUUCAAAGACAAAGUGUUGAAAUUUUGAUUGUCAAACUUAGGCUCCAUUUUUACCUGAAAUGCACAGAAAAAAUAAGCAAAAUGAAAGAAAAAUGAUUGGAAAUAUUAAUUAUUCUAUUUUUGUGACACUAGACCAACACUCACAAUUACACUGUCUGACACACGUUUUGAUAACCAAGUUAUCAACUUCAGAGACUGAAGAAAGUUUAUCUGUAACAGUGUAAUUAUGAGUGUUGGUGUAGUGGUAGUGUAAACAGUGUGUUCAGUAUGAAUAUCACCAAUGAUUUCAAAAAUUCCAAUUCCAAAUUUCUUUCUAACGAUAUUUAAGAAAUUUGUGGUAUUAUUUGUGAUAAUUAACUGGUCUUCAGUCUCUGUUGUUAACUAAAUAUUCGUUAGGGUGUACUUGUUAGUGUACUAGUAAUAAAAAGUGAUAAUGACAAAAAUAAUUGAAAAAUUAAAUAUGAUAGCAAAAAAGAACAUUUCUUAUAAAAUAUUUCAAAAAGUUACUAAAUUUUAUACAAUUAUAAUAUACAGAGUGUCUAGAAACUCUCCUGCUAAACAUUUACUUGAUACUAGAUGUGAUUUUAUGUCAAACUAAUCCCAGAUUAAAUUCUUCAGAUAUAUCACUGUUUUCAUUCUCUCGAAACGCCACUGUGCCAUAGAACAUUUAAAUAGGAUAUGGUCAUCAUUGCCUCACUAUCCCGUCGUGAAAAUAAAUUCCAUAGCUGUUUACAAUUGAUGAUAUAAUUGUGUAGUGCUUUUUGUUAUGCGGUCCCCUCAAAUCAGUAACCUUAAACAUCUUUCUCAUAAUUUAUUUUUUCCGUCUUACUGAGAUAUCUACAGUAUUUAAUCUCGGACCUAUCUAAUAGCGAAUUCAAACAAUAGCAAAUUUUUUUAGAUAACUUUGAAAUGUAGUGCAAAAAAACUGAUAGAUAAACGUAUUCACCAAAUAUAUCUGUUGACAUUCUCAUAUUAUAUGUGAUAGUUUAUAUUUGGCAGGGCAGUUUCUGGGUGUGCAUUGUAUGUAAAUGAUGUACCUUUAUUUAAUUUUGUAAUUUGAUAAUAUAAAGUAAUUUUUUUAAAGCAUGCAAUUGAAAUUAUAGUCACAAAAACAUUAUAAGGCAAUAAAUGUUUAUUUCAACUUUUGUAGUUUGAAAUUUUACAAUAUUUUCUUUUUUCCUAUCACUAGUCCGAAAAUUUUUUGUAGAUAAACAGUGUAUGUUGGCUUUUGAUGAGAAAGAAAUUUUGUACACAUUCAUUAUCAAUAUUACUGUCCGGUUAUUAAUACAAAUGAAACCAAAAGAACUAUAUGGGGAAAAUAAUAAAUUA